UUUCUCCUGGAAACAAACAGUGAGUUUCAAAAUUUUCUUGCUGAGACAACAUUUUUACUUACUAAUUACGGAGUAUUUAUUUUCUUCCGGUUACGUUUUGUGAGCGGUUAGAACGAAUGAUGAAUAAGUUUUGGUGGGAUGCUACGGGUGGCCCGGGUGGUGGUAUUCGUUGGAUGGCUUGGGGAAGAAUGUGUUCCCCGAAGAUUAUGGGAGGUAUGGGUUUUAAGAGUCUGAAUAAAUUUAAUAUUGCGCUCCUAGCAAAACAAGGGUGGAGGUUGUUAUCUAAGCCCGACUCGUUGCCUGCGAAAAUGUUGAAAGCAAGAUAUUACCCAACUGGUGAGUUUUUAAGUGCAAGUAUUGGUUCGAAUCCUAGCUAUACUUGGAGGUCUAUCCUUGCUGGUCAGGAAAUUCUUCAGCGAGGAUGCUAUAAAAGAAUUGGUAAUGCUCGUUGUACAUGUGUUUGGAAGCAGCCAUGGUUGCCUGAUGAAGUUGAUCCUUAUGUGCAAUCUCCGGUUCUGGACAACGAUGCUAAUCUAAAGUAUGAGGAUCAAUGGUGUUGGAGGGGUGAUAUUAGAGGUGUAUAUACUGUGAGAAAUGGUUACAGACUACUGACCAAUGUUCAAGGCAUAUCUGAACCGGUUAUUUGGCGUGGGAUUUGGAAACUAAAGAUCCCUCCCAACAUUCGUAUUUCAGCAUGUAAUCCCCACUUUGUUAGCUUUGUCUUUUCGGAGAUUGGAUAUCGAGACGGACUGCCCAUUGUGUCGCCAAAGCCCGGAAUCUUUGAAACAUCUGAUGUGUGACUGUAUUCAGGUUGCGCCACUAUGGCAUGGUCUGGAGGAUUGUCCUUUACCAGGUUUAGAUGACGAGUUUAAUGCAUGGUUAGCUGGUGUAAUUACGAGUGGAAAUCAAUUAGCCAUAUUGAAGUGUAUUGCUUUGUGUUGGUGCAUUUGGAGAGGGAGGAAUGAAGUGGUUUGGAAUAAUAAAGUCUGGGAUGUUUCGCAUAUCAAGAAUGAAGCUGCUAAUCUGGUUCAUGCAUGGCAGGAUGUUUCUUUUGAGCCACAUGAAGUCCCUAAUUUGCCAAUGACAGAACCUGAUAUUCUUUUUAUUCCUGAAGGUGGCGUGCAUGUCUUUGUAGAUGCUGCAGUUUUUCCAAAUGAGGGCAAAGCUUUUUUUGGUGUGGUCAUUACCGAUAAAGAUGGUGUUUUUCUAGGAGCGAAAAAUGGUCCACUCAGGAGUUUAGGAGGUGUUCAUUUGACGGAGGCUAUGGCUAUUAAGGAAGCUCUAUCUUGGGUAAAGGAUAGGGGUUUUAGGAUGGUUUAUAUUUUUUCGGAUUGUCAGUCUGUUUGCAACUUAAUUAAUGGGGCUGCAGUUAGUUUAUCUUAUGCAGGUUGCGUGAUUGAUGAAUGCAGAGGAUAUAGAAAACACUUUGAAUUAGUGUCCUUUAAGUUUAUUUCUAGAUCAGUGAAUAAGUUGGCUCAUGAAGUUGUUAGAGCUGCUUGUUCCCAAACUGGUCCUUUUACUUGGAUUUCGUCUGUUCCUUUCUGUAUUGAACAUUUGAUUUAAUGAUAUUGAUGUUUUGU